CUCUGUCUCUCGUAUGGUCAGUCGGUCAGUCCACCCGUAGUCUUCGCUCUGCAUCAGCCCGAAGUCUUGGCUCUGCAUCUCUAGUACCGGCGCCGCUCUAGUACAGGCAGCCCAACCUAUAGAUCCGCUUGCUGGUGACCUCUUCCGGCCUCCGAGCUCAUCCCUACCAAGACGAAGGGGGUGGCGCCGCCCGUUGUGUGGAGGACGGCCGUUCUCAGCACCGGUGUCGACCGUGGAGGAGGAGAAGGAGGUGGCCGGCGGGUGGUAGUCGAAUAGCAAGAACCGGAGGCCCGGGCGGAGCAUCUCAGUCCAGUCCAGUCCAGUGAGAGCCUGACGCUGUUCUUUCGAGGGUGGAGAGAUUGUUGCAGAAGGUUCUUGGUCGCUGUCGAGGUGUACCACUGCGGCACCGCCACCAGUCAUUUUGCAGAAACGCCCAACUGACGAUGGAGACGACGGUGCUGAGUGUUGGCAAGUCCGUACUGAACGGAGCGGUUCGGUACGCCCAAUCUGCCAUCGCGGAGGAGGUGGCCCUGCAGCUUGGAGUCCGGCGUGAUCAGGUCUUCAUCACCAAUGAGCUUGAGAUGAUGCAGGCCUUUCUCAUGGCCGCAAAUGACGAAGGAGACGGCGACAGCAAGGUGGUCAGGGUCUGGGUGAAGCAAGUCCGUGACCUUGCCUACGAUGUUGAGGACUCCCUCCAGGAUUUCGCAGUCCGCCUAGAGAAGCAGCCCUGGUGGCGUAUCCUUCUGAAGGAUCGGCGCCAGGUGGCGAAGCAAAUGAAGGGGCUCAGAGCUAAUGUUGAAGAUGUCAGCCAGAGGAAUAUGCGCUACCACCUUAUCAAGGGCUCUGCAGGCUCUAAUCCUGCCAGCACCGAUGGGCAGUCUGCCAUCACCGGUGCCAUGACAAUGUCUAGCACAGAGGAUGCAAGGCGGCAGAGGGAGAAGGCAAAAGCAGAUCUUGUUCAACUGAUAAGGAAGAUGGAUGACCGCCUUCGAGUGAUAGCGGUGUGGGGAACAAGUACUGAUGUUGGGGAAACGUCCGUCAUAAAAAGAGCCUUUGAAGAUCUGAAGAAACACAACAGGUUUGAUUGCCAUGCUUGGAUCAAGGUGAUGUGCCCUUUUAAUUCAGUAGAGUUCAUGCGAAGCAUUAUCAGGCAAUUCUAUAUCAACCUUCUGCAAGACCCAGUAGAAAAUAUGGAUGCCCAAGUACUGAGGGGAAUGGGAAUGAAGAAGGAGAAUGAUUUGGUUGACGAGUUCAAGUCUUAUUUGAAUGAUAAGAGUUACCUAAUUGUGAUUGAUGGCAUGUCUACCACUGAAGAGUGGGAUCAAAUUAAACCAUGCUUUCCCAAUAACAAGAGAGGAAGCCGGAUUAUAGUGUCAACAAAGCAAGUUGAAGUUGCAAGCUUAUGCGCAGGGCCACAGAACGUAGCACCAGAGCACAAGCAGUUGUCCAUUGACCAGAAUACUCUUUAUGCUUUCUUUGAGAAGGGUUCUCAAGAUGGAGAUUCGACGGAGGUCGGGUCUAGCAGCACAAAUUCAACCACCACCGCUAGUCACAUCUUGGUGAAUAACAAGAUACUCACUCGCAUGGAGACAACGCUAGCAGCAUUUAAGGAAUUUCAGCUCAUCGGGCGAGAGAAAGAAAAAUCAGAGAUUAUCCAACUAGUCACAAAUGGAGAUGGCCGCCAAUUUGAGGUGAUCUCUGUGUGUGGAAUGGGUGGUCUUGGAAAAACCACAGUAGUGAGAGAUGUUUAUCAAAGCCAAGAGCUCAGAGGCAAGUUUGAGAAGUGUGCUUGUGUUACAAUUAUGCGUCCUUUCAAUUGCGAUGAACUCCUCAAGAACUUAGCUGGGCAGUUUGGAUAUGAGGAUGUGGCAGAUAUGGUCAGACAUUUAGAAGGAAAGAAAUGUUUGAUUGUUCUAGAUGAUCUAUCAUCCACGAGAGAAUGGGAUGCAAUCAUCCCACAUUUUACUGCAUUGGAAACAUCAAGCCGGAUCAUAGUCACCACAAGGGUAGAGGAUAUUGGUAAACAUUGUUCAAAGAAACGUAAAAAUAUAUACAAGCUCCAAGGUCUGGAACUCAAUGAUGCACAUGACCUCUUCAUACAAAAGGUUUUUGACAAGACUAUGGAUUUGGAUGAGCAGUAUCCUGAGUUGGUUGAACAAACAAAUAUGAUUUUAAAGAAAUGCAAGGGACUUCCCCUUGCAAUAGUCACCAUAGGUGGUUUCCUGGCAAACCAGCCAAAAACAGCCUUGGAGUGGAAGAAACUGAAUGAGCAUAUUAGUGCUGCAGAGUUACAGAUGAAUCCAGAGCUUGAGGCCAUCAUAACAGUCCUUAAUAAAAGUUAUGAUGGUUUACCAUAUCAUCUCAAGUCUUGUUUCUUGUAUCUUUCCAUCUUUCCUGAGGACUAUAACAUUAAGCUCAAACGUUUGUUGCGGCGGUGGAUUGCUGAAGGUUACCCAGGUGUAGUGCGCAACAAGUCUACAGAGGAAGUAGCAGAGAGCUACUUCAUGGACCUCAUAAGCAGGAGCAUGCUUUUGCCAUCCCAAAGAUCAAUUUGUGAUGGAAAAAGGAUUGGCUCCUGCCAAGUCCAUGAUCUCAUCCGUGAAAUCGGCAUCUCAAAGUCGAUGGAAGGAAAUCUUGUUCUUAGAUUGGAGGAAGGUUGCAGCUUAAACACCCAGGGCACAGCACGCCACCUUGCUAUAAGCAGCAACUGGGAGAGAGAUCAGAGUGCAUUCGAGAGCAUAGUGGACAUGUCCCGUGUACGUUCAAUAACGGUGUUUGGAGAAUGGAAGCCAUUUUUCCUUUCUGACAAGAUGCGGCUUCUGCGAGUGCUGGACUUGGAAGACACGACAGGUCUAGUUAAUCAUCACCUUGAGCAUAUCGGGAAAUUUCUUCACCUAAGAUACCUUUCGCUAAGAGGAUGUGAAUCUAUCUGUCACCUGCCAGAUACAUUAGGUAACUUGAGGCAACUGGAGACACUAGAUAUCAGAGGUACCUCCAUUGUGAUGCUACCACAAACGAUCAUCAAGCUUCAGAAGCUACAACAUCUCCAUGCUGGGUUUCCAACAAAAGGAAAUUAUUUAUGUACAAGGCAUCUGCUGCACACGUAUGGCUUCAACCAGCUUGAUGCAUGCACUUCUUUAUGCUGUGGUGCCGCAACUCCUUGUAUCAUGAUGGACAAAGAUUAUGGUGGUGUUGUGUUGCCAGGAGGGGCCAGGAAACUGAAAUCCCUGCACACUAUAAGGGGUGUGCACGUUGCAUAUGGAGAUGCCGUUAUACAGGAGAUUGGAAGACUCAGCGGGCUACGCAAGUUAGGAGUGAUGGGCAUCAAUGAGAAAAAUGAUGUAAAGUUUUGUUCAGCCAUUUCCAAUCUUAGCCGCCUAGAGUCAUUAUCAGUGCAGUCAGACAAGGGAUGCCUAGAUGACAUUACCUCGCCUCCGAAGAACCUCCGGAGCCUCAAACUGGAGGGCCGCCUGGGCGUAUUGCCAGAGUGGAUCAAGAAGCUUCAGAAUCUUGUGAAGUUAAAGCUGAGCUUCACAACAUCUAGCCAGGUUGAGCAGGACGCUGCUAUGGAAGUCCUGGGACAUCUGCCAAACCUAUCCAUUCUCCGACUGCCGGGGUGUUCAUUCAAGGGUGGAGAGCUCCAUUUCCAAAAGGAUGCUUUCAGAAGCAUUGUGGUAUUUGAUGUCGAAGGCUUAGGGGGGAUCAAGUCGGUGAACUUUGACCAAGGAGCAAUGCCUGAACUCGAGCAGCUCAAGGUCACCGAUGCUUGUAAAAGAGGUGGAAUUGGGUUCUUUGGGCUGGAUAUCCUCCCAAGCAUCAAGGAAGUCUUGCUCAGUGUUCAUUUCAAGAUGGACCGUGCUGGGACGGAGUUAGAGAGGGAAGCACGGCUCAAGGAGCAGUUCCGGACCCAGCUUGCUAGAAAUCCAAAGAAACCCAUUCUAAAGAUGGAAUGAACUAUGAAGCCUGAACUGUCAGUGAGUGACUCGAUGAUCAUGCUACUGGAGAUAUUUCCUGCUUUGUUUACUCUUCCAAUUUUUCCUGUAAAAAAUAAGGAUGGCUUAAGGCAUGGAUAUUAAUUUACAUGUGUUUAAUUAUUCAUGUAACUAGGAGCCUGAAGAAACCCAUGAAGAUGCAAUGAGCUAUGAAGUCCGCAUUCAACCAUGCCCGAGUUAUGAUGCCACUGGACAAUACUUCUUCCUUUCAUCUUGCAGUUUGUUGCUGUAAAGUAAUAAUGGGUUAAGGCCUGGAUGUUAAUCUACAACCUUGUGAUGUGUUCCGUUGGAUGGAACAUGUGUAAAAUGUAAUUGGUUGUGCUUCUUUCUGAAUAUGCAAUGAACUUUUGACCUGAUGAUCAAGGAAAAAUAUUAUUCUAGCUGAUAGGUUUCUUUCUGAAGAUGGAAGAAAGUAUGACAUGAUGAUCUUCUUUCUGAAGAUGGAAUGAACUAUGACCUGAUGAUCUUCUUUCUGAAGAUGGAAUGAACUCAUAGAAACAUAUUUUGUA